CAAUCUCAAAUUGAGGCGAUUAAACGCUUCAAGUUGCUUGUUGUGUGCAUUUGAUAUCUUAGUCGCUGGGUAGUCCACGGGGAGACAUCGUAAAAUUGCGAUUAGGAAGUGAACUCGACAUCAGUCAAGUUUAGCUCAAAGCGCCAUAAUUGUGCGGCGUUAUCUAUUGUUUACGUUUGAGCUCUCAGCGGAAUCCGUCUUCUAACAGAAGAAAAUGAUUUAAGUCUGAUAUGAAUCGACGUUUGCGGUUGAACCUUCAGCGCAAUGCGCCUUUUUUAUCCCGCCUAGAUUUCGACAUAUAAUUGUGUGCUCUGGGAUUUAAUAGUGAGUUGGGACGAUAAGAUGAGAAGUGAGUCUGUCUUGAAAGUUCACGCUGCACAGGCCGACAGGGUCUCUAGGCGUCUGUAAAGUAAUAUUUCCGAUAUUUUAUAUGUUUUAAUCUGAAGUAAAUAACAUUCAAUUUGAAACACAUAAUAUAUUAAAACAGUACUUCUGAUAUUAAGUUUGUGAUAACGCAGUAUGUUGUAGGUAAAACACAGUAUGAUUUUGGGAAAUGGCAGUCAUUCUCAAAUACUACAUAUAUAUCAUUAGUAUCAGCAGCUUUCCUUCUGCGGUUUAUCGAGAGAAAAAGCCUGUGUCUGAAUUAAGACUAGGAAAGAUGUAUUAUCGAGUUAGUAUGGGUGGCGUUGUAAUAUCUCUCACUUAGUGCCGAAGUUUUCAGAAGAUUUUAUUCUGUUCUGUAUUCAAAAUGUGCGCAUAUUUUGGUUUAGAUUAUACUUACUAAAUCAUACUAUAAUUAUGAAUGAACACACAUGUGAAAUAUGCUUAAAGCAAUUCUCAUUAAAAAAUAUAUUGACGAGGCACCAGAGUUCCGUACACAAUAAACGAAAACACAAAUGUCAUGAAUGUGGGAAAAUAUUUUCAAGACCUGACAGUCUAACGAGGCAUCGUAAAAAUUUCCACAGACAUCACAGAAGAUGGCAUCUUUCACUAUCUUUAGAAGACAAAAACACUAAUGCCCCAGAUUUUAGAGAGAACGCAUCGAUAGCGAGAAACACUAAAAUUGACGAAAGAAUCUCCCCUCCUGCGUUGAUAACUCUUGAUCCGCAAAUGAAUAAUUUUCCGGUGAAAGUAAAACAAGAAGCAAUAGAUCAAUCGUCCCAGCAAACUGAUACUGCCACGUCGGCUUCAAAAUCGAUUGAUAUCAGCCUGGAAUCUCACAAUAAGAAACAAUCAGAAAGUCAAGCCCCCGAGAAACAAAUUUCGUUGGAAUCAGUGACAGAACCCAUUGAAUCGGGCUCACAAAAUAUAACUCUACAAAACUGCCGUGUUCCUCAAUACACUCUGGCAAUAUUAAACGUUUUGGAAAUUUACGGAGAGAUUGAUGAAUUCAAAAGCACCAUACCACAUCUCAAGAAAUAUUUUGUAAGAGACAACUGGACGUCCAUUAAUUUUUGUGACAUCGAAAGAGAAGACGACCUCACCAAACGGACAUUGAUAUAUAACAUCAAGCGCUUUCUCCUGCAUCUCAUAAAGAACAAAUAUGAUUAUUUGGAGAAAAUUGUUCCGCCAGUAUUUUGGUUUGAAGAGUUUUUGAAACUCAGAGACGGGUUUUAUUGAAUGUUUUCAAUAUUAAACUGCUUGUAUUGAAUAUUGUCAUUUGUUAUUGAAUUUUUUCUUUUUCAUUCGUGCGUGUUUGUGUCUUUAAUAAACUAAAAUUUUGAAAAUUUAGUUCAAAUAAAAUACCGAGACCCAGUCAGACUUUA